CUGUGUGAACAGGAAAGGAGGAAGCAGUGGCUGGGUGACUUUCCUUUCCCCUUUGAGAAAAAAGCUGCGAUUCAGGGAUUUUGGUACCUACCAACCCACCUUCAAAUCAGCCGGAUGAGAAAGUUCUAACGUAACUCAUCUGUAACUUGAGAGAUGGUGGAUGAAUACAAGAGAAUUCUUCUGGUGAAAGGAUUACAGAACAUGGAUGAUUAUCAUUUUCGUAUGCUUAAGUCAUUACUGGCCCGUAAAUUAAAACUGACCUCAAAAGCUCAAGACAAAUAUGACAGAAUUAAGAUUGCUGAUCUGAUGGAAGCAGAAUUCCCAGGGGUUGCCUGUGUCAACAAACUAAUAGAAUUGAUAGAAGGUAUAAAAGAACUUGAAGAGCUCAGACAAAACCUUAAAACGGAGAAGCUAAAAGUUGCAAAGAAAACAAAAGCCAAAGAGACAACUUCAGCAAAAACGAGAAAUCAGGAAGAAACAGGUUCUGCAACACCCACACCCACCACAAGCAGCGCCCAGGCACCCGAGAGAGCAGAGCAGAGUCCUGUGGCUCAGAACCAGAAAGCGCAGGUCCAGCGUAAGGUGGCUGCCAGGGGAAAUGUUCUUCAAAAGGGCCCGAUGACAGUGAUGGUAGUCAAAGCAACAGAGCUAUUUGGAUAUGAGUCUCCAGACAAGGGGAAAAGCACCAUGUUCCACGCUACAGUGGUUACUGAGACUCAGUUUUUCCAAGUGAAGGUUUUAAAUGCCGACCUGAAAGAGCAAUUCAUAAAACAGAAGGUCAUUACCAUAUCAGAUUAUUUUGAAUGCAAAGGAAUCCUGGAAGUAAAUGAAGCAUCAUCUGUGUCUGAAGCUGGUCCUGAUCAAAAGCUUGAAGUUCCAAACAGCAUUAUCAAAAGAGCAAAUGAAACGCCAAAGAUCAAUAAUCUUCACAAGCAAGCGUCGGGAACAUUUGUGUAUGGGCUGUUUGAGUUACAUCAGAAACGAGUGAAUGUGAAGAACACAAUCUAUGAGAUACAAGAUAAUACAGGAAAGAUGGACGUCGUGGGGAAUGGGAAAUGGCACGACAUCCAGUGUAAGGAAGGAGAUAAGCUUCGACUGUUCUGCUUUAAACUGAGAACAAUUGACCCGAAGUUGAAACUGGCAUGCGUAGGUCACAGCUUCAUCAAGGACAUGGCGAAUGAAUUCAAGAAAAUUCUUCUGCUGAAAGGGUUACAGCACAUUGAUGAUUAUAAUUUCAGACUGGUUAAGUCUCUACUGCAUGAGGAUUUAAAUCUGACUACAAAAACUCAAGAUGAAUACGACAGAAUUAAGAUCGCCGAUCUGAUGGCAAAAAAGUUCAAAGGGGCUGCCUGUGUUGACAAACUAAUAGAGCUCAUCAAAGAUAUUGAAUCACUUAAAGACAUUGUUAAAACUCUUAGAAAUGAGAAGUCAAAAGUUAAAAGGAAAUCCAAAGCAAAUGAAACAACUCCAGGAAAAGACAAACAGGAUAAACCCAGUACAUCUACCACAAAUAAAGCUUUGGGACCUAAAUCGACCAAGGGCACACCCGUGAAGAAAAAUAAGACCACAAAAACCAAUGAAGCUAAGAGGAUGAGGCUAACCCAGAAGCAGAAUCCGCUUCCAGGAACAUCAGGAACCAGCAAGAAGUCAGCUGAGAGCCUUCUCCAGACUCCUCCAGUGCCUCCGCCAGCCCCAUCCAGCAGUUCCUCAACCAAGAGAAAAUAUGAGAAAACCACCAAAAGUAAUGACUUAAAAAGGAAGAUGCUAUCUCAGAAACAGAGUCAGCUUCCAGAAACUUGGGCAACCAGCAUGUGCCCACCUGAGCGCUGUGGCUGGACUGCUCAAAUGCUUCCACCAGCCCCACUCUGCAGCUCCUCCAUCAAGCAGGAAGAAGAAAUAUAUACUUUACCUCAGAAAAGAGAAGACCCAACCACCACCACCAAAAUUGUUAAUCCCCAGAGGAUAAAACUACCCUUGGAGCAGAGUCAGCUUCCAGAACCUUUAACACCCAGCAUACACCCGCCGGAGGGCUGCUUCCAGACUCCUUGGCUGUUACCACCAACCCCCUCCAGCAGUCCUGUAACCAAGAAACCAAAGUUGAAGGCUGUUCCUAAAGAAGCUUCCAGAGAGGAGGGCUUCCAAAGGGGCCCCAAAGAAGUGAUGGUGCUGAAUGCAACAGAACCAUUUAUAUAUGAUGUCAGAGAAGGCAACAGAGAGAUGUUUCAUGCCACAGUGGCUACUGAGAGCGAAUUCUUCCAAGUGAAAGUUUAUCAUGUUGCCCUGAAGGAGAAGUUCAUCCCAAAGAAAAUUAUUGCCAUAUCGGAUUAUGUUGGCCGCAAUGGGUUCCUGGAGAUAUUCCAUACCUUAUCUGUGUCCGAUGUUAAUGCUGACCGAAAGAUGGAAAUCCCUCAGAGCCUGAUUAGAAAGGCAAAUGCAACUCCUAAAAUCAGUCAUCUCCACUUGCAAGUUCCAGGAACAUUUGUGAAUGGGGUGUUUCAGGUGCACAAGAAAACGGUGUGGAAUGAAUGCAUAUAUUAUGAAGUACAUGACAGUACAGGAGCUAUGGAGGUCCUGGUGUACGGAAGACUGACCAGAAUCCUCUGUGAGGAAGGCGACAAACUUAAACUCAUCUGCUUUGAAUUGGCAUCAAAAGGGGAGGGAAGGCAAUUAAGAUCUGUCAUUCACAGUCACAUCAAGGUCAUCAAGCCCAGGAAAAACAAGUAACAACCACUCAGCCCUGCUUCACAUGUGGACACCUCGCAACGUCAGCAGCCAAGCUUCCAGUAGGCUGCUUCUGAAAACCCGGGCGCCAUUAAUAUUGAUGUUUAUGAAGCUAAGAUCUAGGUACCAGGAAAAAAGAAAAAAGCUAUAUAUGCAUGUGGUUAAAAUACAGCAAUAUAUAUACAAGCUAUUAAUUCUUAAAAAUGGGGUGUUAGGAGUGCCUUUCAUUUCCUUUUUUUAUAUUUUUCUAUAUCAUCUGAAUGCCAUGUUUUGCACCUAUAACUUCUUUAAAUUGGAAAAAAUAAUUAACAUCAUGUUUUCUUUCUAAAAAUGUGCUUCCCUAGGAGGCUGAUUAGUGGGUUUGUUACUUAAAGUCUUAAAUAGUCUGUAGCCUGCAAAUCAGAUAGAGACACAUGGGCCCCAAGCAAAGUUUAGAUUUCUACUUUGGGUGUGAUCUUAACAGGGUACAGCUCUGGUCAAGAGCGAACAGGUUGAACAAGCCGUGAGCGAACAGGUUGAACAAGCUGUGCCCUGCUCAAAUAAAUCCAGCAGAGAGGCAGAUGGGCUGAAAUGCAGCCUGUGCUUCAGUUGCUAAGCCUUGUCCUAGGGUGGAGUUGCUUUAGUACAAAACAAUGAUGCCUUUUCAGAAAAGGUCUCCUGAAGGAGCCAUGACUGAGUGAUUUGUCUGCCAAAUAAGGCAGCUUCUGGUGAUUGGCACGAAGUCACUAGCAAAUGUUGGAAGCAGCUCCAGCCCUGUCUGAUGUGAAAUAACCAGGUCCACUCAUUUACUCAAGUACCAACAGCUCAGAAGCCCUCCAGCUAUACUUCCUGGUCCUCACAUCCCACUCCUGUGGAUUCCGUGAGCUGGCUGCCCCGGGCAAAGACUUGUAUUAGGCAAACAGCGAACAGUAACUAAUUCACUUUAGACUACAAUGGCAGGAAGUCGAUAUCUAAUACUGAAAUUCACAGUGUAUUUAUUGACCACAUAUUUGAUACCUGGUACUUUGCAAUCAUUUUGUGUCACUUAAUCUUCAUACUAGCUCUAGAGGGUUGAUCGUGCUCUUCUUUUUACUCUCCUAAUGAGACAAAUAAGGAACAGAGAGGUCAGAUCACUUUCUUAAUGAUUAAAACAGUUUCAUCAUAACAAGGAUUUCCUUCAUGCCACUUUAUUGUCAACUCUCCCUCCAGUUCCAAGCUCCGGGUACUCACUGACAUAGUUUCUUAACUUAAGCUUUUCCCUUUUCCAGAGUUCCCUAAAAUGGAAUUUUAAAUGUAUGUAGCAUUUUGAGUCUGGCCUCUUUCACUUAGUAUGUUGCAUUUAGGAUUCAUCGACGUAGUGUGUGUAUCAGUUUAUUCCUUUUUAUUGCUGCGUAGAAUUCAGUGUGUGGACACACCAAAGUUUGCUUAUUCAUUCCCCAGGUGAGGGGAAAUUGGAUUGUUCAUAGUUUUGCACAGUGAUGACUAAAACUGCUACAACUGUUCACAUGCAAAUUUUUAUGUGAACAUGUGUUAUCAUUUCAAUGAAGAAAAAUCUUGGAGUGAGACUCUUGGUCCAUAGGGUAAAUUUAUGUUCAAAUAUAUAAGAAGUUGCCAUAGUGUUUCCUAACGUGACUGCAACAUUUUCCGUUCCUACCAGCAAUGUGUGAGAGUUUCAGUUGCUCUGUAUCUGCCUCAGAGUUUAGCACUGUAGUUGUGUGUUAACUUUAAAAGACGAACGCGCAAACUCUCUCGCAAAGUUGUGUACCAUUUAACUUUCCCGCCACCUUGUACGACCCUUCUAAUUCCUCCUCAUCAGCACUUGGUAUAAUCAGUUAUUUUAAAUUUUAGAUAGCCAUUCUAAUUGGUGCCUAGCAGCAUUUCACUAUGGUUUUAAUUUGCAUUUCCCUAAAGAUAAAUCAUGUUGAGGAUCUUUUAUGUGUUUAUUUGCCACCCAUGUAUCUUUUCUUUUGCCCACCUUAAAAAUUCAGAUGUUUGCUCUCA